AUGAGUAGCACUACUUUAGAAAUGGCGAUUGACGAUCAGAAUAAUUUCAAUAGAAGAUCAAGAGGUAGAGGACAACCACGUAGAAGUAUAAGAGGUUCAAGUAGUGGUCGAAAUAAUCGGUUCAAAAAUUCCCCUUAUGAUCGACAACAGCAGCCACAUCCACCACGAGGUGACGUUAAUGGUCAAUGGUCCCACGAUUUAUAUGAAGAUGGACACAAUAGUGGACAUAAUAAAGCUAACGCACCAAAUCUUCGUAAUAAAAACAUUACUAAUACAACAGGAAAUACUAGGAUUAUUAUAGAAAAUUUGUUUUAUGAAGUUACUCAGGAAGACCUUCAAGAGUUGUUUUCUGACUGUGGAAUAGUCAAGAAGGCUUAUUUACAUUAUGAUCGGGCUGGUAGAAGUACUGGCAUUGCAGAAAUUACUUUUGAAAACCCUAAGGAAGCCGAUAUAGCAAUUAGAAAGUAUGACGGAAAAACCCUUGAUGGUCAAAGCAUGAAAAUUAAAUACGCACCGUUUAAACCUCCACAAAGAAUUAACAGUUCUCGUGGUAAUUUAGAUAGUGGUUCAGUUAUGAAUCGCUUAGGAGGAGUCUCUCGUGGUGGACAAACCAAACAAUCUUCACGUGGUAAUAUUCGAUCAAGAAUUGGAGGAGGACCCAGUAGCAAUUCAUCUCGAGGACGUGUGCGUGUUAAUAAUGGUAGUAAUUAUGGAGGCAAUAACAACAAUAAUUUUUCGGAAAAUCGAAGGAAUCCAACGAACAAUAGAAAAUCUAUUACUUAUCACGACUUAGAUGCUGAUUUGGAUGCUUAUAUGGCCAUUGACGAAGCUCAAACAUCUGAUAAAGUCAAUUCAACAAUUAUCAAUAGUGAAAAUGGAAUGGAUUUAUCAUAG